AUGGCCGCCCCAUCAAUGACAAUCUCUACCUCCUUACUCCUCCUUCUUCUUCCACCGGCGAUCUCCGCCGCCCAUUUAUACCCAAACCCAAACCCAAAUCCAAACAACAAUGGUAACGAUUUCAUCCGUACCAACUGCGAUGCAACAUUGUACUCUGAUGUCUGCUACGCCACCCUCAUUGCCCGCGCCAAUGAGGUCCAAGGAAGCCCAGCCAAGCUCGCUAGCGUUGCCGUCGAGAUGCAACGCUCGAGCACGGAAAUACAACCCGCGAUCACGCCAUUCCAGAUAAGCAAUGUACAGACGUGGAUGAGCGCCGCACUUACCAAUCAGGACACGUGUGCAGAUGAGCUUAUUGAGUCUGUGAAAUCGGAUGUACAGGAUCGCGUGUUGAACGGCAAGAAGUUGACGAGCAUUGCCCUCGCCUUCAUCAAUAAGUUUGCCCAAGCGACCAAUGCUAAGCCUUGA